CGAGGGGGUUGGGCAUCGGUCGCCUCCUCCUCCUCUUCUCCUUCUCCAAGGCCGCUGCUCGCCCCGGCUCCUUCCUGCACGCCUUGCACGCCGCGAAGCGCUCGAAGAUGGCGGCUCAGAGCCUCCUGGCCAGCUUUGCUCGCUGCCUCCCCGGCUCUGGCACGGCGCAGCUUCUUCGCCGAGCCCCGGCCAAGAGCUGUGGCUGCUAUUUUUCAACAAGCAACCACCACAACACACAGUUUUAUAAUGAUCCGGUGGAAGCAGUAAAAGACAUACCCAAUGGGGCCACUCUCCUCGUUGGUGGUUUUGGGCUCUGUGGCAUCCCUGAGAACCUCAUAGGAGCACUGUUGAAGACUGGUGUAAAAGGGAUAACCGCUGUCAGUAACAAUGCAGGGGUAGACAAUUUUGGACUGGGACUCUUACUCCAGACGAAGCAAAUCAAACGCAUGGUGUCGUCCUAUGUUGGGGAGAAUGCAGAGUUUGAGCGGCAGUAUUUAUCUGGAGAACUGGAGGUUGAGCUUACGCCACAGGGCACCCUAGCUGAGCGCAUUCGAGCAGGAGGAGCGGGCAUCCCAGCUUUCUUCACCAGCACAGGGUACGGGACUUUAGUGCAAGAAGGAGGGGCUCCAAUCAAAUACAACACAGAUGGUACUGUUGCCCUUGCCAGCGAGCCCAGAGAGGUGAGGGAGUUUGAUGGGCGACACUAUAUUAUGGAAAAGUCGAUAACAGGGGAUUUUGCGCUAGUGAAGGCGUGGAAAUCUGAUCGCGCCGGGAACAUUAUCUUCAGGAAAACUGCAAGAAACUUUAACCAGCCCAUGUGUAAAGCUGCCAAAACAACGGUAGUAGAGGUAGAAGAAAUUGUGGACGUUGGUUCCUUUGCCCCAGAAGAUAUUCAUGUCCCCAAGAUCUACGUCCAUCGUCUCAUCAAAGGGGGAAAGUAUGAAAAAAGAAUUGAGAGGUUGUCGUUACGCAAAGCUGAAGACAGCAAAGGCAAGCAGAAGAAAGAUAGCGAUAACGUAAGAGAGAGGAUCAUCAGGAGAGCGGCCCUUGAAUUUGAGGAUGGCAUGUAUGCUAACCUGGGUAUUGGAAUCCCACUGCUUGCCAGCAACUUCAUCAGUCCAGAUAUAACUGUUCAUCUACAGAGUGAAAAUGGAGUCCUUGGCUUGGGACCUUACCCAUCUGAAAAUGAAGUUGACCCUGAUCUCAUCAAUGCAGGCAAAGAGACCGUCACCGUGCUUCCAGGGGCUUCCUACUUCUCUAGCGACGAAUCUUUUGCAAUGAUUCGAGGGGGGCAUGUUGACCUGACAAUGCUUGGAGCGAUGCAGGUGUCUAAAUAUGGUGAUCUAGCCAACUGGAUGAUUCCUGGUAAGAUGGUGAAAGGCAUGGGAGGUGCCAUGGACUUGGUGUCCAGCUCAAGAACUAAAGUGGUCGUCACUAUGGAGCACUCUGCAAAGGGCAACGCCCACAAGAUUUUGGAGAAAUGCACUUUGCCAAUUACGGGAAAACAGUGUGUGAACCGCAUCAUAACAGAAAAGGCUGUGUUUGAUGUCGAUAAGAAAAAGGGACUGACACUGAUUGAAAUCUGGGAAGGGCUGUCCGUGGAUGACAUCAAGAAAAGCACCGGUGCUGAGUUCACAGUUUCGCCAAAGCUCUCGCCAAUGAAGCAGAUUUCGACUUGAAAAGUAGACCGGGCUUAACGUCCACACGUCCAGUGAAGGGGAAUCAAAUGUCUGUUUUGCAAUUAUGCAUUUUAAAGAGGUCUUUGUAAAGUAGUUUCUUUGGUAGUUAGCGUUCAGGCUGACUAUGUAACUAGAACUAUGUAAAUGUUUAUUCGCAAGCAACAGUGCAGUUUCCAAAAAUAAAUCCUACCUGGUACCUAGAUAUUUAUAAUUACCGCACUGCAGGUUUGACUGCAAAUAAACGCUGGCAAGAGACAAUAGCCUGUUUUGGAUGAUCCUAUCUUGGUUUAUGAAGCCGAGAAACACAUGAGCCUUUUCUUGGAGCAUGAGACUCCUUUGUUCCAACCUUAGAACAAGCCACAAAUCACCCAGAAAGUCUUUAGUUAGCUAAAGUUUCCUUUGUGUUGGUGUGAGCAAGCCAGGAUCUUCAGCCACAGCAGGCACCCCCAAACUGUGGCCCUCCAGAUGUUUGGACCUACAACUCCCAUGAUCCCUAGCUAACAGGACCAAUGGUCGGGGAAGAUGGGAAUUGUAGUCCAAAACAUCUGGAGGGCCGAAGUUUGGGGGUGCCUGAGCCACAGCAUGGCUUGAGAUCUUGAGUUGUUCCAAAGCUAGUAACCAUAGUUUCCUGGUUUGGAUGAAACAGGUGACUGUGGUUCAAUAGAAGCUCCAUGCUUUGCUGUGCAAAUGGGCUGCAGGUGUGGGCAACAGGCUCAUGCAUGUCUCUGCUUAAGCCGAGAUAGGAUCAAACACAUUCAAUCCCUUGUAGAUGUGAACGUUAAUACUGUAACUCUGUAUGGAGGCAGAGGUCACUUCCACGCACAGAACAUGCUAAUUUGCAAGUGCCUGUAUGGUAGGCUGCAACUGCGCACACACAAGGAAAGAGGUACAGGACAGGUUGUUGGUUUUCAAACAUGUAAAUAAUCAGAUGUUUGGAUAUUCAGGAGUUUUACUUACAGAAGUUUGCAUAGCUAAAAACCUGGACAGGGGGAGAUAUUUAUAUUCUGUAAUCGAAAGUCCGUGUUUUGUUGAACCACCACCUUUCUGGUCUUCAGGCUGCAAAGACAGGCUUGAAAGUCUGUGGGCUCCACUUGCUGAAACCUCAGAAACCAAGGAGAGACAUUUGGCUUUUGAGAUUUCCAGCAGUAAGGGAAUUGGGUUUUGUGCUCUGCGUUAACUCCUUCCCCUUCUUCAUAAAGAGCACUUAGAACACUUUUGUGUUGAAUUUUCAGCGUAGGAGUAAAUGAAAUGCUAGCAGAAUGAGGUAUGCAAAAUAAACAGGGGGGUGCAAAUUUAAUUUGCAUAAAUUAUGCAGGCCACAGAAUGCAGCUGUACUUUAUACAAAAUUUGGGUUACCUCGGCAUAGGAUUUUCCUGAUUUAAGCCCUAGGUUGCAUAGGAAACAUACAGGGAGUUGAUAAGAUUACAGAUAAUGGAGGUUUGUUGAAAUAGAGGCCGUUGUCCUGCUCUCAUGGUUAUUUUUUUUUAAAAAAAAAACCUGACUUCUUAAUAAAUGCAUACAGAGUUGCAUAUGUA